CACUGACUGUCAAUGAUGAAAAAGCAGAACUUUACAGAAAAACACACAUUUAUUUUAGAUCAUGUAGUUUUUAUGUUGUUGCUCAUUUAUUCGGAUUCAACUAUAACUAGAAGUUAUACAGCACAUAACUACUGACGGUUUAUACUUAAAGCUAUAUAAAGACAUGUGUUACACGAAUGUGGAGAGUGUAUUUGCGAGUGUAUCUGUUAUUUCCUCAUUGACAGGCUAAACUUGAUGCAGGAUUCGUUCUUCUUAGUACUCAUCGCUUACUCUGGAGAGACCAAAAGAACUAUGAAUGUUGUAUAUGCAUACUCUUGUGACAGAUCAUAUUCUUUGAGGAGCAAGCAGCAGGCAUCGGAAAGAGUGCCAAGAUUGUCAUUCACCUGCACCCUGCCUCAGAAAACAAGGAACCAGUCCCUUACCAGCAAAGCAAGUACUCCUAUAUAAAGCUGUAUUUAAGGAGCAUGGGGAGAUUGAGUUUUACAGAUGUCUAACAGAGGAGAUGACUACAGAAACGAUGGGUGAACACACCUUUGUCACUGCCGAUCCCCACAGGAACUGGACCCAAGGCAGGAAAGACGUGUGUAGUGGGGAUUGUGGGGAUUGCAGGAGGAGAAAAGGAAAGAGACGGAUAAAAACAUUUCAGAGGUAAGAACACAAAUUAAAAUGGGCCAGAAUACAGAAAUAAAUAGUAGUCAUUGUAGUGGUAGUCAUAUCUAACCUACAGAGCACUGGGAUUGUAGCCAUAUGACUGCAUGUUUGAGAUAAAUGUUGAAAGGUUUCAGGAACACAGUGGUCACAAUUGCGCUAUGGGACCAUGGCCCCCUUCUGAUUGGCCCUUGAUGUUGAAAGAAAGUGGUGCCUUGCUUUUAAUGCUGAAUGACCUCAUGGCUCUGAUUAGGCUUCCUGGCACAGCUAUAAUGGGAGAUUAAUAGAGAGUGCACAGCGGGGCACCCAGAGUACAGUGGGAUAUCCUGUUAGGUGUGGAUACACCGAGUGAUUUACAGGUGAUUUCAGCCCUUGAUAAAAAGGUAAUAGAAAGUGCUUAAAGUGUUGUGUGCUGAUUUGAUGAAGAGUUUGGAUGAUCCUGCAUUCUUACUUUCCUGUAUUUGUUUAUCACAUCUUUUUGCAGGCUUUUGAGGAUCUCAGCAAACUAAUGGAAAAGGAACGUGGAGGUAUGAUGGCCCUCACUGAAGUGUACUGUCUGGCGAACAGAGCACGAGGAAUGGAGGUUGCGAGUGUUUGACAGUGGGGUAAAGGUUGUUCAACUCCAGUCUCACAGUGAGGAGGAAAUGAUUGCCUCAGCAUUAGAUAAUGACAGAUUGAAUAAUAGUGGAGUGAGGUUAUGUGGACAAACAAAGAUAAGAGGCUGCAGAUGUCGGCAUGGAAAACGGUCUCCCUACAGCGACCCCAUUUUUGUUGCUUUUCCUGAUCGGAUUUGCUAUGGCUGGCAUGCAUCUAUGGCCUUCAGUGCACAUUGCCUUGAGCAAUGCCAGUGUAUUUGUGGAUUACAGCACUGUCAGCAACCUCACUGACCACAGACUGACUGUAUCAUUGAUUGACAUUGACAGGAACAUUACAGUACUCACCAGGCCACUUCCAUUUAACCAAUCAGAAGGGUCACUGGAGUUCAACUGCUCCUGCUUCCUGUAUGCAGGUAACUUCAGAUUCAAACUGGAGCAGAUUAACAAGGUUGACAUGUCUAACCAGUCUGCCAUCUUGUGGUGUAGCCCAGUUUUGCAUGUGUACUGGCCCACCUUUCACCUGGCUGUGGAUCGUGGCAGCAACAACCGGAGCUUUAAUGACUUCAGGAUUGGUGUGUACACUAGUGACCACUUCCAUCCUUGUCCUAGUAGCAAAGCUUCAUCUCUAUACCUUGAUGUCAGCUACCUGGAACAAAUGCAUAUUGGGAGGAACACCAUUGACAAGUUGCAAAGCCGGAAAAGAUACGUUGUUAAAGUAGUUAGGUCACAGCAUGUGGAGUUGACUUGUGUAUCCCCUCUAACAGAGCAUGGAUUCAUCCAGAUUUCUAUAAAAUCGCCCCACAUCCAGCAAGACAUCAAAUCUUCUGGUCCUCUCUACCUGUCCAGCAUCUUUCCCUACAAACUUCUUGUAGAUAACAUCUACAAAAGUGGCUGUGAGGGAGCCGUGUCAGUCCAUCAAAUCGCUCCUCCCUGUACAGUUACAAAUGGAAAAGUUCUGCUUUAUAAGAAUGAGAGUAAGGAGAAGGCUGCUCCCUCUCAUCUGGCCUUUAACUUCCUCACUCAAGGGGAGAAUGAGACUGAGUUUAACUGCUCCAUCUUUGAUCUUGGCAGGAAUAAGUACUGCUUUCAUUUCACUCUCGUCUACAGUCAGGCCAGUUUAACACACACCUGUGUUAUUGUGCAAAGGAAUUCAAGAAUGUGGGGUUCAUGGCAGCCAUGGAGUGGUUGCAGUGUGACAUGUGGUGAAGGGGUUAGAGAGCGUGUACGUGAGUGUCUACUGCCCUCUGGUGGUGGGAUGCAGUGCACUGGCAUGGUUAGGGAGCAAUCGCACUGUUCGCUGGAAGACUGCACUGGGGAGAUUCCCCCCCUAUCAGUCACCCCUCCCCCAGCUGUGAGCUCUCCCCUAGCUGGGAAUCUAGUAGUAGUGGCAGGGAUCUCCCUGUGCCUGGCUGUGAUCCUGGCCACCAUCUUAAUAACUGUGUGGAGAAAACUCUGCCAUGCUCCUAAGUGCAGCUCCAUGCGGCAUAGCUCAGUUCACUCUCCCAGUGGCCGGAAAAACUCUGAGGCUUCUAUUUGUGGUCACAGCACGCAGAGACCCAGUUUCUCCGAGAGUUUGCAAGCAGCUCCCCUACAAAAAGGGCUUACCUUGCCUGCCAUGCAAGGGCAGUCUGACAAAGGUGUGCUUGCUCAACAGCAGAGGUGUGCUCUGCCUCUCCCCCUUCCUCAAGACCCGGAGAGAACGUCUCCUUCUGGGCAAAAGUUUGUUCCCCCUAUUUUUGGCUAUCGCUUGGCUCAACAGCAGCUCAAGGAGAUGAAGAAGAAGGGGUUGAAAGAAGCCACUCAAGUCUAUCAUGUUUCCCAGAGUCCAGUUGAUGACACCUUGCUGGAAGCCACAGCUUCAAACCCUGCAGGUCUAACUCCAGUGCCUCAGGAAGUUGACAGCCUAGAAGAAGCUAACAGCAGACAAUUUUGCAUAAAGUCUCCUUUCCUCGAUCCUAUGUGGCCUCCAAAAAUCUUGGACAGUUUAUCAGAUAGGCACAAGGUGGACAUGUUGCUGGGUCCCCAAAAGUCUGUUUUCAGUGCCAACGUCCCCCAUCUUGAGCGCACAGCCGAUUGGAUGGAGAUGGGGACCUACUCGAAGAAUCCAAAUUUCAGGAGGACAUCAAGCUUCCAUGAGAACAACCAGCAACAGUUGCCUGCAUUGCGACUCUUCAGAGAGAGGAGUAUGACUAGAGUGACUCCUCGGCAGCUUCCAGAGGGGAGCUGUAGAAACCAAACCUGGGAGCAGACACUUCCCGAACUUGAGGUCUGGUCCUGCUACAAACAUAGAAUAAUUGAUGGCUCAGGUGACCGUAGGAGGAUGCCAUGGGUGGACACUCCCCCAUCUCAGUCAAACUCAAAAGAUAAUAUUUUAGCAGUUCUUAAUUCAGCUCCAGUGACACCCACUAAAGAUCCCCUAGUGGAUCAUCAAAGGCUGGCUCGGAGCCCUUCUUCCGCAGUGGAGAGAGCAGAAAGGGCUGAAAAGAACUGGAGCAGAAGAGGCCCCUCUCCUAUCCAGAGGAACAUACUUGCCAGAAAGCUACGAGAGGCUAACUCAUCUACCUGCCAAAGGCAACGCAGUUCCACAUUCUCUACCUCAGAACAGUUCAGGGGGCGCUGUCACAGCCUUCCUCUCUCUGCGGAAUACAGCAGCUCCCCCUAUAGUCUUACUAAGUCAGAGCAGCACAUGAUGGACAUUUCUGGAUACUUGGGCCAGGAAGAUUGAGUAGAGGUUAUAAAUAUUCAAAGACUCACCUGAUUGAGUCCUAGUUUUUUCGUAGAUUUCAAACUCUGCUGAUGCAAACCUUUCAAAAUAAA